AUGUCUGGAAAACCAGUUUGUAUUGCUGAUUUUGAAGAGUAUGCUAAAAAGUUUCUCCCCAAAUCAGUGUAUGAUUAUUACCGAUCUGGAGCAGAUGACCAGGAAACGCUAGCAGACAACGUAGCAGCAUUUUCAAGAUGGAAGCUGUACCCCCGGGUGCUCAGGGAUGUGUCGGCGAUGGACCUGUCAACCUCAGUUUUGGGACAGAAAAUCAGCAUGCCAGUCUGCGUUGGAGCCACCGCUAUGCAGCGCAUGGCUCAUGCCGACGGAGAGACGGCCACUGCUAAAGCCUGCCAGACAAUGGGGACAGGGAUGAUGCUGAGCUCCUGGGCCACAUCUUCCAUUGAAGAAGUGGCUGAAGCAGCUCCAGCUGGCCUUCACUGGCUGCAGCUUUACGUGUACAAGGACCGGGAGGUUACCAGAUCCCUCGUGAGGCGUGCGGAGAGAGCGGGCUACAAAGGGAUCUUCGUGACGGUGGACACGCCGUACCUCGGCAGGCGCAUCGACGACGUGCGCAACAAGUUCCAGCUUCCUCCCCACCUCAGAUUAAAAAACUUCUCGAGCAGUGACCUGGCAUUCUCCUCAGGGAAAGACUUUGGCGAAAAUAGCGGACUGGCUGUGUAUGUAGCUGAGGCGAUUGAUGCAAGCGUCAACUGGGAGGACAUCAAAUGGCUUCGAGGGCUGACCUCACUGCCCAUCGUCGCGAAAGGAAUCCUCAGGGCUGAUGAUGCUAAAGAAGCUGUAAAGAUUGGGGUAAAUGGUAUCCUGGUGUCAAAUCAUGGAGCACGACAGCUUGAUGGGGUCCCUGCAACAAUUGAUGUCUUGCCUGAAAUUGUUGAGGCUGUGGAGGGGAAGGCAGAGGUGUUCCUAGAUGGUGGUGUAAGAAAAGGCACAGACAUUCUCAAAGCAUUAGCUCUUGGUGCCAGAGCUGUAUUCAUCGGAAGACCUCUCAUCUGGGGCUUGGUUUAUCAAGGUGAAGAAGGAGCAAAAGAGGUUCUCCAGAUGCUGAAGGAAGAGUUUCGCCUGGCAAUGGCACUGACAGGAUGCCGGAGAGUAGAAGAAAUUGGCAGGACACUGAUACGAAGACCUCAAGUACUGUUUUCCAGGAUUUAAGUCUAAAGGCUAUUGCCUCAUGUGUUUCAGGCUGUACAAAAGAGUGCUACCAGACAAAAAGCAAUUGCGUUUGCUCUCUGGGCCUCAUCCUGCAGUCCUGACUGGGAAGGGGUGAUCUGUAGGAGAUCACAUUUUGAAGAAAAUACUUGAAUCAAACUUUAUAGGUGUUCCCAUAUUCUCCUGGGCUCUUAAGGAAAGCUGCUCUACUGGGAAUUGUGAUUAGAGAUGGGCUUUUAUACAAGACCAACAUAAAAACUUGGAGGGGU